AUGGGGGGAACGAGACGGACACUCGAGCAAGACCCGCCUGUUGGGGGUACGGAGGGAGGGGUGGGGGACAAAAGCGAACAUGGGAAAGGGGAAGAAGGGAGGAGGAAGAACAAGGCAGAUGUCACCUCCAUUCCCCCCUCCGUCCUCAUUUUUUGGCGGUACGCGACAAAAUCUGAGGUGACUGCCAAGUUGCCUUGCAAG